AUGGCUCACUGCCACCCGAAGAACUUGGGAACGCUCGGCACAAGAGAGAAAGAAAGAGUGACCCUAGAAAUUGGUACUGGAGUUGUGUGUUGUGCACUCAGCAGGACUGUCAACUGUGCUUCAAUCAAACAAAUAAUGCCUUCAGCGGCGCCUCCAACUCUUCUGCUUCUCUCUCUCUCUCUCUCUUGCUCGACAGCAACUCAGGCUGACCACGGAGACUUCGAGCAACUCAGGUUUUAUGCUGGAGGGCAUUUAGCACAUUGCAUAAAGCUUAAAAAGUUGGUUUAUUGAUGGGGGUUUUAUGGUUGAGCUCAAGAAAUCAUGGGUAGCUUCGGUGACGAUGACAAAGAAUAUAGGUUUUCUUAUGCCUGCGAGAACAUUGCACCAGUGUCUGAUUCGGGUUCUGAUUAUGCGGAGUGCCUUGAUUCUAGCUCUGGGAUUGAUAAUGGGGUAUCCAGUAGUUUUCAGUACGAUGUAUGGAUUAGGAGUUGUAGAAGUCCUAUUGCUUUAAUGGUGUUUUACAUGUAUUGCUUUUAAUGUUCAAGUAUGCUUAUAAGAGAAAUAAGAGAUAAACUUAAAAUUGUGUUGGGUUCUUUCUUGCAAGAAUUUGUUUGAUAUCUGAUUUGUGGAUUUUUAUAUCGAUUGAUGGAUAUGUUUCUUUCGCAACCCAUUAUGUUGAUGUAGAUUGGAGGU